GGGGACGUCUCGAGGCACUGUGCAAACAACUGGAUUGGACCUACCUACCUGUUAUAUACCCCAGCAAAAACAUGAGUGUUGUCAAUCACAAAACUGGCGGGAUUAUGGAAACGCGCUCAUCCUUUUCUCUGAAGAGCACCUAUUGAGUUAAGAAGAUGACAAUAUUUGGACAGGUCUUAUAUAAGAGAGGUUUAUGUAGCCUAUAAUUGUAUAGGCUUCGUGUAUCCGACUGCACAGUCACGUGGACACAACAAGACUAAUGCCUUCACCUGAAUGAGCCUCUCUCACAGAUGCCCUACACUACGUCGACCGGCCAUGGUUGUAAUAUUUACUAUUGAUUGGCUCACUAUGAGGUGCUCAAUCUGAAAAUCAACCCUUCCGCAUAUAAACGUAGUUCCAACCUGACCAUCCGUAUGCGAAUGGGAUUCGGUAUGAAAAUGCGUAUUGGAGAUGUAUGUUGAUUCUACAGGAAUCUUCAAGUAUUCUGAACAUCAGCACAGAAGGUGCUUUCACACUGUGAACAAUCAACCAGCACAGCCAUGGCCUCUCUCGGUGGUCUGUUGCCAAGGGGAACAGUCCUGGCUGAACGAUAGAUAGAGAGAGAGGAAAGACGGAGAGAGAAAGCAGCAUUGAGGUGCAGAAGAAGAGAUGGUCGUCACUGACAGGAGCUCUAGCACUCCUGUGCCCAAGAAGCAGGAACCAAAGAAGAAGAAGAGGAAGUCCCGCCCCCAUGGCCUGCCCUCUCCGGCGUUGUGCUGCGCGUGCGGCCUGUGCAUCAUGCUGGCAGGUAUCAACAUCACCCUGGUGGGGGCAUUCGCCUUCAGCACCCUGGUGCCCUCUGCCAACCCUCCCAUCAUCAUAGGGCCCAUCCUGCUCCUGGUGGCCUUCUCUUUCUUCGGAGCGUGCUGUGUCUGCAGCCGCCUGCCCCCCGCCCAGGGCUCCCGGAGGUCUAAGGUGGGCGGGAGGAGCAUGGGGAUGAUGGGGCGCGGAGGUUUAGCCGGGGGAGCGACGUUUGAGAUCGAGACGAGUGAGCACACGUUGCAGGACACCACGGCAGUACAGCUCAGCCCCUCGGCCUCACCGGGGUCAUCCCGGGCGUCCAGCCCCGAGCGGGAUGCUCCUCCUGACCCUGCCCCCCCAGGGACCUGCAAGCUCUUCACCAUGGAGACCAAUGGCCCCACCUCCGCCACGGCCUACUACUCCGUCUCCUCGGCUGGGGGAGGGGCUGUGAGGCUCAACCUGCCACGUGAUGAUGUGGCCACCUAACACAGCCCUGACUAACACACUGUAGCAAGAGCCUCCUGCCCCAGGGGACUGAUGCAAAACUAUGUAAAUAUGAACUACGAUGGAUGGUAUUCAGACAGUGUUUCAGUGUGUCUAGCCAUUUUGUGAAGUGCCAUUUUUCAUGUUUAUGACAAGCUAUCAACAGAGUUUUAUUGCUUUUGUUUUUGUUUUGUCCAGCAGCCAACCAGUGAUUAGCAUGCAAUCCAAUGUUGAAAGAACGUGGAUGAUGGUUCCGUUGGAAUUGAUGUUCCUACCUCCUCAGAACUGUUCUCUUUAGAACCCUCUCUUAACAUUCAUGGGGCAUUAUUAUAAGCAGUGUCUAACCGGAAAGCAGAAUGAGAGAAUUGAAGCGUUUUCUGUGUGGCAUUCCUGAGGGGUAAAACUCAAAGCGAUGUGUCCCUUUUCUUUGACCGUCUGGACCUCUGUGCUCGACAUUUCAGCUGAUUACUCUGAAGCAACCUUUUUUUGGGGGGGGCCAGAACUGAAAGGUUUGAAACGAAAUGGCAACGAGUUUAAUGCUAUCAUUGAAAUGCCUACAGUGACGUUUGACAUUACAAUAUGUGCUGCUUUGGUCUUAAAUUAGAUGCAAAGAUGGGGUCGCAAGGUUCCUUUGCAAUAUAAUCUCAACUGAAAGGAUCAGCAACAGAGGACUAAUAUUAAUUUCUUCACAUUAAGUUUUCCUCAAUUGUUUCUACAGACAAAACAUAUUAUGGAUGAUCUACAGUCUACACCAGGGGUUUGCAACAGGUAGCCCGCAGGCCAAAACUGGGUCGCAAGUGAUUUUGUUUUUUUGGAAUCAGAUCUUUUUACUACAAACAUAGAAAUGCGCCAUUUUCACAUACAUUGAUGUUGGGGUAGUGCUGGACAUGAUGAAUAUGAAGUAGAAAAUGUUUGACAUUUUCCUUUAAGUAUAGCCCUAUGUCUAACAUGGGCAUCAUCAACUGCUUUAUUAUUGAACAUGCUUUGAUUUUGUAUACAGAAUAAACAAAUAGAGUUUACCAUGUCCCAGCCAAGUAUUUUGACAUAGCCUAAUAUUUGUAUUUCAUGUGAGAAAGUCAAACCCCCUCCCCGAUUAUCUUUUAUUUUUUACCACUGUGACAAUUUCUACACCGAUUCUAAAUUGAAGUGACCAAUAAUACACACAUUCUAGCCUGGUCCCUGUGCGAUAGAAGUGUUGGCUACAGCAUACAUAGUAUGUGACCAGGCUAUACCAGAGUAACUUUGAAAGUAAUGCUGCCUUAGACUGAGAUCUCAAGAUCAAACAAAUGAGGGCUAUUUUAUUGUGCAUAAUGGCAUUGUCAGCAGAAAACAGUUUGGAGGAUGAUAUUUCAACAUUUCUUCUUCAUUUACCCCAAUAUUUGGUCAACAUUGUCAUUUAGUUUGGAAACAAACUUGCCAUACAGUAAAUUUUGCAUGACUUCUCCUAAUUUUCCAUGUGAAUCUCAAGAAGUGGAUAAUGUCUUUGGAAAGUAAUAUAUAUUUUAAGCCAACAACUUCCCCUAAGGAAAAGAGAAAAGUAAUAGUUUAACGUUUAGAGUUUGAGGAAUGACAUAUGAGCAUGAUUCAUAUGUCCAGGGAGUGGGCUUGUUGUAAAUGUGUAGUGUCAAGAUGUAUGUAAACUAUCAAUGUUGGCCAUGUAUUUGAAAAUGUAUUCUGUUUUGAUAGCAUCUUUAACAAUGUAUUAUUUUUUGAUAACAAUACAUGUGAUACUACUAAAAAGAUCAAUAAAAAUAAAUGUUCAUAUAA